AUGAUGAACAAUAUAAGAAGUCUAUUGGCACGGGCAACGAUUCUUCAUGUUUUACUUGUUCAAGUGUAUACUCAAAUUGAUUCAAAUUCAAAUCGUACAUUAACAUCAAGUACUGCACGUAGUGCUGUAGCUAAUAUCGAAAGUACGCUAACAUCAUCAGCGAAUAAUUUCACUUAUACAACUUCGCUGUUUAAUAGAAGACCAAGUCGACCAUUAAACGGUUCUAUUCGUCGUCGUCGUCCUACAACUCGUCGUCCUCUCGGUAUACAACAACCAGAUUGUGAUUAUGGUGGAUGUUAUCCAGAAACGGGAGAUUUAUUAAUUGGUAGAGAAAAAAAUUUAUAUGCUAAUUCUACAUGUGGAUUAAAACAACCAGAACGCUAUUGUAUUAUUGGUAAUACGAAAAAUAUUUCGUGUGAUGUCUGUGAUAUUAAAAUGGCGAAUAAAAGUCAUACAAUUGAAAAUAUUGUUACGAGAUACGGUCAAGAUUCUCGAUUGAAAUGGUGGCAGGCAGAAAAUGAUGUCGAACAAGUUUAUCUACAAUUAAAUUUAGAAGCAGAAUUUGUUUUUACCCAUUUAAUUAUGAAAUUUCGUACAUUUCGUCCGAAAGGAAUGAUUAUUGAAAAAAGUUCAGAUUAUGGUAAAACAUGGCGAAUAUAUACCUAUUUUUCAUCGACAUGUCGAACAAUGUUUCCAUAUAUAUCAACAGAGUUACCCAAAAGUAUUGAUCAAAUCUAUUGUGAAAGUAGAUAUUCAGAUGAAACACCAUCAACAGGAGGAGAGGUUAUAUUUCGUGUUUUAUCACCGGGUAUGUUAGGUAGACGUGAUCCUUAUUCUCAUGCAGUUCAAGAAUUAAUUAAAAUAACAAAUUUACGAAUUAAUUUUACUAAACUACAUACAUUGGGUGAUAAUUUUUUGGAUACACGACAAGAAACAACACCAAAAUAUUAUUAUGCUAUUUAUGAAAUGGUUGUCCGAGGUAGUUGUUCAUGUUAUGGACAUGCUAAACGAUGUGCACCAACUGAUGAAGAGUUGAAAUCGAAUAUAACAUCGCCUGGAAAGGUUCAUGGCAAAUGUGAAUGUACUCAUAAUACCAAAGGUAUGAAUUGUGAACAAUGUUUGGAUUUAUACAAUGAUCGUCCAUGGCGACCAGCACGUACUGGCCAAUCAAAUCCGUGUCGUCUAUGUGAAUGUCAUGGUCAUGCUAAACAAUGUCGAUUUGAUCCAACACGCUAUGCACAAACAAAUUAUACGAGUGGUGGCAUUUGUGAAGAAUGUGAACAUAAUACAAUUGGAUCAAGAUGUGAAUAUUGUAAAGAUUUAUUUUACAAAGAUUCACAAUUACCAAUAACAGAUCCUCAUGUUUGUAAACCUUGUAAUUGUGAUGCGUAUGGUACACGCAAUAAAGGUAGUUGCGUCCAAUAUGAUGAUCAACGUCAUAGUUUACAUGCUGGUCAAUGUAUAUGUAAAGAAAAUGUUGAAGGAACGCGGUGCGAUAAAUGUAAAGUGGGAUAUUAUAAUUUGGAUUACAAUAAUCCACAAGGAUGCCAAGUUUGUGAUUGUCAUCCAUUGGGUAUUAUCGAUAAACAAUGUAAUACAAACUCGGGUUUAUGUCAAUGUAAAAUAAAUGUAAUUGGUAGAAGAUGUGAUCAAUGUCAAGAAAAUCAUUAUGGUUUAAACAUGGAUGAAAUUGACGGUUGUAAGCCAUGUAAUUGUUAUCCUGGUGGAUCGUAUAGUUUACAGUGUGAUAUUCAAACUGGUCAAUGUCCAUGUCGGGAUGGAAUGAAUGGAAGACAAUGUGAUACACCUAUAACAGGAACAUAUUGUGCGGGAUUACAAUUUUUUACAUAUGAAGCUGAAUUAGCUAAAAUUGAUGAAAAGAAAGCUGUUAUAUUUUCUUAUGAUAAUCCAAAUGAAUAUCGGACAUGGACUGGAACAAGUAUUGUUCGUAUAUAUGAAGGUGGCACAAUUGAAUUUGAUGUUUAUCAUUCAAUGAGAACGGGUUAUUAUGAUCUUAUCGUUCGAUAUUUACCAGCAACCGAAACAUGGGAAGAUGCAAGAAUUCUAGUUAUUGGACAAAAUCGUACACAGCCAACAAGUGAUUUAUGCGGAAUAAACUAUGAACAAGUAGCUACAGUCAAAUUACCAGCAAAAAAAUCAUUUGCGGAACUUGAGAAACCACUGUGCUUGAAUGAAAAUGAACAUUAUAAAAUACAACUUCAGCUUCGUCAAUAUGGUCAUGGAAAAAGUGAACGUGAUCCAGUUGUCAGCAUUGACUCAAUUGUAUUGAUUCCACGUAUUGAAAAAUUGGAUGAAUUUGCUAAACAGCCGUUGUUACUCAGUGAUUUUGAAACUCAUCAAUGUAAAGAAUUGACAUUAACACUAACAAACACGGGUGAAUUGCCAGAAGUUUGUCGAAAAAUAAUUUGUGGCAUUAGUGCAUUGAUUGUCGGUCGAACACUACCAUGUGAUUGUGAUACGACUGGUUCCGUAAGUAGUCUCUGUAAUCCACUUGGUGGUCAGUGUGAAUGUAAACCCUAUGUGAUCGGUCUUAAAUGUAACAUGUGUAUGCCCGGUUCAUAUCGAUUUAGUCCGGAGGGUUGUACAAAAUGUAAUUGUCAUAAUACUGGCGCGUUAAAUAAUCUUUGUGAUGUGACAACGGGUGCAUGCUAUUGUCGUCCGAAUGCACAUGGACGAGAUUGUGGUGACUGCUCACCAGGUUACUGGAAUUUUCCAAAUUGUCAAAGAUGUGAAUGUAAUGGUCAUUCAGAAUUAUGUGAUAAAAAUGGUGUGUGUAUCGAUUGUCGAGAUUCAACAGCUGGUGAUCAUUGUGAACGUUGUGCCGAUGGGUAUUAUGGAGAUGCACGACUUGGUUCAACUCAAAUAUGUCGACCCUGUUAUUGUCCGGGCGACCCGGGAUCAACCCAACAAUUUGGUGACUCUUGUGUUCAUGAUCCAUAUACACAACAAGUUGUAUGUCGCUGCAGAGCAGGGUACACGGGUCAAAAAUGUACUGAAUGCGCUAUUGCUUAUUAUGGGAAUCCUGCCGAACAAGGUGGUCGAUGUAAAUCAUGUGAAUGUAAUAAUAACGUAAACGUUGAUGAUCCUGAUAGUUGUGAUAGACGUACUGGUGCAUGUUUGAAAUGUUUGUACAACACUGGUGGUCGCCACUGUGAACAAUGUCGUCAAGGUUAUUAUGGUGAUCCAUUGGGUCCAGAUAAAUGCCAACCAUGUGACUGUGGAAUUGGAGGUCUUGACAAUAAUUGUAACAGUAAAACAGGCGAUUGUAUAUGCAAAGAAAAUGUUAUCGAUAGUAAUUUGGGUGAUAAUAUUGUCCGUCGAUGUUCCCAAUGUCGUGAUGGUUAUUGGGGUCUGGGUAGAGGCUAUUGUUCAUCGUGUAACUGUGAUAUUGAUGGAUCAACGGGUAUGAUAUGUGAUAAAUUUACCGGUCAAUGUCCAUGUAAAUAUAAUCGCGGUGGUCUACGAUGUGAUCAGUGUCCUCCAGGCACCUAUGGAGAUCCACUUAACCCUGACAUUGAUUGUCAACCGUGUCAAUGUUCAAAUGAUGGUUCAGUUAAUUCACAAUGUGAUGCUGUUACAGGACAAUGUUUGUGUAAAAUAGGUGUGACAGGAAAAUAUUGUGAUCGAUGUGCACGAGGAAAAUACGGACUUGUACCUUAUUGUACAAAUUGCGGACAAUGUUUUGGUAAUUGGGACAAUAUUAUUGGAAAUUUAACUGGUCAAGUAAACGUGUUUGUUGAUCGUUUAAAUUCAGUUGAAAUUCAUCAGAUUGAAUCAAUAACAAAUGGCAAUUUAUUUCAACAAACUGAAACAUUAUUGGACUCUGUUCAAAAUGCACUAGGAUUAAAAUAUAGUGAAUAUGAACUUGAACCCUAUCAACAAAAAUAUUUUCAAUUAAAUGAACGUCUCGUUAAAUUAUCAAAAUCUUUAAAUGAUGACUUUAUACCAAAUUUUCAAAAUCAAUCAAAACGUUUUCGUUUUGAAGAAGAUGUUACACGUAUUAGUAAUGUUGUUAAAGAAACAUAUACAUUAACAAAUUCCUAUAAAACACAAUAUGAUCGUUUAAAACAUGCCGAUUUACAAUCAGCUGGUGUUAGUGCAAAAAAUAUUGAAUUACAAAUGAAACAUAUUAAAGAUGAAUUAAAUCAAUUGGUAAUUAAAAUUGAACAAAAUUUACAUUAUCUACAACGAUUAAAUCAAACGUUGACAAAUGAAAAAACAUAUUUUCAAAAUCAAAAACUUCAAGAACAAGUGACAAAUUUCUCACAAAUUUAUACAGAUAUCAAUGAACGAUAUGUGAAGAAAGGUAAUGUUAGUGAAGUAAUAUGUGGUAAUCGUGGCAACAAUGGUGUGUGUGAUGCAUGUGGUGGUGAAGGUUGUAAUGAUUCAUCAAUAUGUACCAAUAGUUUAUCAACACAAUGUUCAUCAAGUGUACACCAUAUUCUAAAUGAUUUAUUAAUUGAAAUCAAUGAUACUCAACAAACUAUAGAACAAAAACAAAAUGAAACAAAUUUAAUUUAUACUCGAUAUUAUGAGGCAGAAAAAGAUAUUAGUUUAACAUUAACAAAGACUAUCAAUGAAUGGAAACGUUUAAAAACGUUAAAUGAUAGUUUAAAUUUAACACAAAUACGAUUAGAUAAAUCAAAUAUUCAAAUACAAACAUUAGAAGAUUUAUUAAAAGAUCCAAAACCAUCAGAUAUUCAAGAAAUAAUUGAAAAAAUUUUAAAUAUGAAAAUAACAUUAACAACUCCAACAUUGGAAACUUUAACUAAUGAUAUAGUGAAAUUAGUUGAAUCAACACGAAUUAGUCAACAAACUGAUAAUGAAAAUGAAAAAAUUCGCGAUGCUACCUAUAAAUUGGAUAAUGCAAAAAAUUUAGAAAAUGAUUUAAUCACAUAUGUUAGAUCAUUUACUGCACAAACGUUGGGUAUUAAAACGCUUGAUAAUAUAAUUGAUAAUUUAAAUAAUCAAAGUAUUCAUAUAAAUGAAAUAGCAACAGAAACAAAUCAAAAAAUGGUAGAAUUAAAAAGUACAGUUACUCAGACUGAAGAUCUUCUUCAAAAAGCUGAAAAAAAUCUUAAUUCAACAAAAGAUCGAAUUAGUCAAUUAGUAUCGAUUGAACAAACAUUUAAUUCGACAAUUCGAAAUUCUAUUGAAGUUAUUGCCAUUGAAACUGAACGAAAUUUGAAAGAAUUUUUACCAAAAUAUCUUGAUGAAUUUACACAAGAUUUAGAUAUACUUAGUACAAAUUUUGAAGCUUAUACUCGUGAUAAACAAGAAUUACCAGCUGAAACAAGAACAACAGCGAUACGUGUUCGUGAAUUAAAUUCAAAUAUCAAAACAUUACAAGAUAAAAUUAUGAAAUAUAAUGCAUUAAGAAAUUUUGAAAAUAGCCGUUUAACAAUGCCAUUGAUUCAGAAAUUUGAUGAAUUAAGAAAUCAAGCACGGUAUGCACGCGAUCAAAUUAAACAAAGUGCAACACAUUAUGUUGACUGUUAUCGAGUUGAACGAUAA